AGUUACGUUUUCAAGUUUCAACCACAGAAAGAUUUAUAAUAUCUUAUCGUUCUCCUUCAAAUCCCAAGCUUAAUUCCCAGGAGCACUAUUCGUCCCUCCAUGGCCCCUCUAUCAAGCUCUGUUUCGACCCUCAAACCCACCAACCUCAACUCAACACCUCGCGAAUUUCACCACUUCAAAACACCCAACAGACCGCGCCAGCUUCCUCCGCCGGCGUCACCCCACUGUUCCCUUUCAUUCUCCACCACCAAAACAACCACCUUCUCCGCCCUUUUCACUCACAAAAACCUCACUUCUUUAGCCAGCCAGCCUCUCACUUCGUCCCCCCACAUCCACCGAAAACCGGCCACCGGCUACGCCGCAGCUCUUCUUGACAUAGCCCAACGCAACGGUUCACUUGACUCGGUCCAACAAGACGUGCAAAAGUUCUCGAAACUAUUUCGAAACAGUCAAAUUCAAGCCUUGAUAAAUGACCCUUUUCUGGGUUAUAAAGAGAAGGGAAAAGCGGUGAAGGAACUGGCCAGAAAAGGGAAGUUCAACAAGCACCUGGUUAACUUGUUGAAGAUGCUGAUCGAGAAGAACAAGUUGGAGAUGGUGAGUGAAGUGUUGGAUGAUUUCGAGAGGAUUUAUGAUGAGUUGAUCGACACUAAACUGGUUUGGAUUUCAUCGGAGAAGAUGAUUGGUGAAAACAGAUUGUUUGAAAUUGCUAAAAGGAUCCAGGAACUUAGUGGGGCUGUUAAAGUCAAGAUCAAGAACUUGGUUGCGGAUAAGCUACCAAAAACAUCAAACUCUGGCUUGGUGUAUGAUUGAUUAACAUGCAUUAGCAUUGUAAAUGUAAAGUUUACAUUAUGGACAGAGAAUGUAUAUGGAUUAAUUUAAAUGUAAAGUUGUGUGUAUCAAUAAUUAAAAUAUAUUUUCGGA